AUGGCGUCGGCUUACAUACUCGCCAUCUACUUCUUAGUUGUAGUCCUCGGCGGUCUUCAACUCAAACAGAAGAUCAAGGCUCUCAAGUCUCCUCUGAGGAAACUCCCUGGGCCGUGGUAUGCUCCUCUCACGACAUUGCAUCUACGCUAUCUCUUCUCAACCGGUACCAUCUGGAAGUUGGUAGAGAAAAGCCACAACAAGUAUGGGACAAUUGUCCGACUCGGUCCUCGACAGGUCUGGAUCUCCGACAAAGAGGCCAUGAAGCAGAUUUUGGUCAAGACGGACCUUCCCAAAGUUGCCAUGUAUGCCGAAAUCUCCAGAGACAAGUUCAGUCCCGGACUGUUUGGCGAGAUUCGUCAAGAGCCGCACAGGCGCCUUAAGCGAUUCUUGUCUCCGGCGUUUACGGUCAACUACAUUGAUAACCUUGAGAUGUUCUUCAAGAGCACUGUUCGCGAUGUCCUGAACAAGUACCAGACGCAGAUCAACGAGGAUCCGGUAUACCAUGCAAAGAAGGGUAUCGAAGUCGACUUGAUGGACGACCUUCAUAACGUGGCCCUUGACAUUAUGGGAGAGUGUUCAUUCGGCAAGGGGUUUGGACAGACCAACCCCGACAGCUUAAUCGAAGAUGGAGUCGACGAGAAAAUCUGGAAGUCUAUCCCCCGCUCCAUUUUUGAUGGUCUCAGCAAGCGAUACCAGACUGUAUACGUCAAGAAAUUCUUCCGAGCCCUGGGAAUCGACCUACAAUUCGACUGGCCCGCCGAGAUGAUCACAGCAAUUGACGCCGUGGUCCAACGACGCAAGCGCACCUCGGACGUCGAGCGCCGAGACCUCCUCCAGCACCUCAUCGAAGAGGGCAAAAAGCCAGACACUGGCACCAGCAUGUCUGCCCGCGAUAUUGUCGACCAAAUGGCCGAGAUCCUCCUUGCCGGUUCCGAGACAACAUCCGGCACCAUCGGCUGCCUCUUCCUUGAGCUUGCCCGUAACCCCGACGUCCGCGCCAAGUUGUUUGCCUCUCUCCCGUCCAAGGGCUUCAACGACGAGAUUGUGACUAGCAAAUCGGUUCGCAACGAGGAGGAAUACGAGUAUCUCGAGGCCUGCAUCAAGGAGAACCUUCGCUUGCAUCCCAUUGCAUCGGAGAUGGGCCGCCGCACUGGCAACCAGUGGAUCAACCUCUGUGGCUAUGAUCUGCCGCCUCACACUGUAGUCUCGGCUUCGUACCGCGAUCUACACCGCAACGAGGCUUUCUGGCCCCAGGCAGAACGGUUUUGGCCCGAGAGGUGGCUAUCGAAUGACAAGCGAGACGGGGCACCCGCACCUGAUAUGGACGCGUACUACCCCUUUUCUGGAGGCAAGCAUUCGUGCAUUGGUAUCAAUUUUGCGUGGGCCGAGAUGAGAAUGGUUGCCGCCAAUCUCCUACAAAGAUUUGAUGUGCUCGAAGUUCCGGGUCAAGACAUAGACUUCCGCCAGUACAUCACCAUGCAGUUUGCUACUGGUCACUGGAAAGUUGUUCUCAAGCCGAGGAACUGAGUACAGGUCACCAGACUCUUACGACGAAACGUUCACAACGCAUGACUUUUGGCAUUCAGAUUGGAAAGUAUUUCACGUUUGGUCUCUCUGGAACGGAGUAGCGGGGCUUGAGAUAGUAAGAAAUGCGUUCAAGCGAUUGCUUUUUGGAACAACUGAGUUCAAGGCAUCGAUCUACGGGAAACCUACGAUCUAGAGACGACGGAGAUUGAAUAACAUUGAGUGGUUGCAUUGAAGGUGCGUAAGAGUUGAAGAAUCAACUAGUCUGUGUCUUGCGGAACUUGGCCAACCCCUUGAGUCCCUGGGAGCGGUUAUCACGGAAAAAAGACUUUGUCUGAGAGACUGCAAGAAUCAACGCUCCCACCGGCUAUGUUGCAUUCAACAGCUCGGGGAGACUAGGACAGGAAGAACUUGCAAAGUACCCCAGUCCCAGCAAUCACCACCAGCUUAACGACGUCGAGG